AUGGGCAUUUUGGUGAAUGGAAUGGCUAGAAAAAAUUACAAUACCACAUUUAUUGGGUUCGCCGUUUUAAUUGGCCUAACUAUAUUAAUUUAUUUGAGAAUUGGGAAAAGUCAUAUUUCGUCAUUUUGCUCGAAUAAUACUCCAAUUAAUAGGAAAAGCUCAUUUUAUGAGACGUUGCAAAGAUAUGCGAUUUUGUAUUCGAAAAGUGUCACUGAUAAUAUUUUGGAGAAGGCGAAUGGCAAUGAGAACGCUGUAUUCUAUAAAUCUCUGAAACCAGAAGCGCAUUGUCCGCUGAAAACGCAAAUUGGAGGCAAUGAUGAUGGCAGUAAAUUAGUGUGUAAUCCGAAGAAUAUCAAUGAUGGAUGCACGAUAAUCUCUCUCGGUUUGAGCAAUCAAAUAAUGUUUGAUGAGGAAAUUCAAGCAAUCACAUCAUAUAAAUGUAAAAUAAUUGGAGUCGAUAAGGAUGAGCAGAAUUCGGAAACCCAGAAAACCUACAAAAGUAUCAACGGCAAGUUGGUGACAAUGAAAAUAUCGGCGGAAGAAGGAAUCGAAAGUGUUCUCGAAGACGGCAAAACCGCCGAAAUGCUCAAAAUCGAUAUCGAAGGCGCCGAGUUUCAGGCGCUCAUUCCAUUUUUGGAGAAAGUCCGUGUAUGCCAGAUAUUCAUUGAAAUUCACGGAACCCCGAAAAUGCAUCUCAAUUUGAUGCAGAAAAUUGCAAAAAACGGCUACCGCCUAUUCUCAAUUGAUGAGAAUAAAUAUUGUCCGAGUUGUUGUGAAUAUAGCUAUAUUCAUGAGGAUUGUAUGGAUCAAUACGAGGUGAUUCCGUUGGCUCAAAUGAUACCCCAAUCCAAUUAA